CUACGGUAUACGGUAUGUAGUCGAAACGAGACCCGCUCGAAAGCCCUACUGCUAGAGAAACGCCCAUCCAGCAACCACCAGUCGAGUGAACCGUCCAUGACCACUUGCUAGAAGGUGGUGGGUUGGCAAUUGCCCUGGUGCUCGGCGUUACCGAACUGCUGCAAUGGCGGAAGGAAAUCCUUCCACCGUCAAGAAGCAGAAGAUGAAGCAGACUUUGGACGGGACAAAGAGUGCAAAGAAGAGAAAGGCUCAAGAUGCCCUGGGAGUCAAUGGAACUGGACAGGGCCUGCCACAGGAUGGGGCGGCACUGAAGCCGAAGAAAAAGAAGAUCAAUGAGCAGAAGGUAGUGCCAGGAAGCAAGACCCAUCAGGCUAAGAUUGCCGCAGCGGGGACUGGUGAAGUCUCAGCUGGCUUUGAGGGCACCGUCAAGCUGCCAAAAAUGAAGAAAGGCAAAAAGCCAAAAGUGGGUGACGGUAAUGGUGAGGACGAAGAAACUAGAGAGGAGGCGGAAGUCGGAGCAAAUGGUAAAGGUGGUGCAGAGCCUGAAGAAGAGGACGGCAUUGACGACAAAGACGACGUGCCGGAUCGGACAGCGGACGGGGGCGAGGUGUCCGGACAGGGCGCCGAGUCCAUCACAGGUCCAAUCAAGUUCAAGGGGGGCGUCAUGGAGGGGGGGUUGCACCAGGUUGAGGGGAUCAUGAGCAGCUCGGCUUUCGCGAGCGUCGAGCUCUCGGAAAACACCAGGAAUGCGAUCAAGGAGAUGGGGUUUGAGAACAUGACGGAGGUGCAGGCGCGCACGAUUCCGCAGCUGCUGACGGGGCGGGACGUGCUGGGGGCGGCUCGGACGGGAAGCGGAAAGACGCUUGCGUUUUUGGUGCCGGCUGUGGAGCUGCUGUACCAUGCCAAGUUCAUGCCGAGGAAUGGGACGGGGGUGGUGGUCAUCUCACCAACGAGGGAACUGGCUAUGCAGAUCUAUGGUGUGGCAAAGGACCUCAUGAAGUUCCACCGGCAGAGUCACGGCAUCGUGAUGGGGGGUGCCAAUCGGCGCGCGGAGGCAGAGAAGCUGACCAAGGGCGUAAAUCUGCUCAUAGCCACGCCAGGGAGGCUGUUGGACCACUUGCAAAACACAAAGGGCUUUGUGUUCAAGAAUCUCCAGUGCCUCGUAAUCGACGAAGCGGAUCGCAUUCUGGAGAUUGGGUUCGAGGAGGAGAUGCGCCAGAUCAUCAAGCUGCUGCCCAAGGAGCGCCAGACGGUCCUCUUUUCCGCUACGCAGACCACCAAGGUGGAGGAUCUGGCGCGGGUGAGCUUCAAGAAGGCCCCGCUGUACGUGGGCGUGGACGACGGGCGCGCCAAUGCGACGGUGGAGGGCCUGGAGCAGGGGUAUUGCAUUGUGCCCAGCGAAAAGCGUUUCCUGCUGCUGUUUACCUUCCUCAAGAAGAACCUCAAGAAGAAGGUCAUGGUGUUCUUCUCGUCGUGCAACAGUGUCAAGUUCCACAGCGAGCUGCUCAACUACAUCGACCUGCCCGUGCUGGACAUCCACGGGAAGCAGAAGCAACAGAAGCGGACGUCCACCUACUUCGAGUUCUGCAACGCUGAGAAAGGGAUUUUGUGCUGUACCGAUGUCGCGGCGCGAGGGCUCGACAUCCCGGCUGUAGAUUGGAUCAUACAGUUCGACCCUCCCGAUGACCCAAAGGAGUACAUCCACCGAGUAGGGCGUACGGCACGUGGGGCGGGCGGCAGCGGCCGCGCCCUCCUGUUCCUCACGCCCGAGGAGAUUCCCUUCCUGCGCUACCUCAAGGGGGCCAAGGUCCCCCUCAACGAGUACGAGUUCCCCGAGAACAAGGUGGCGAACGUGCAGUCGCAGCUGGAGCGGCUGAUCGAGAAGAACUACUACCUGCACCAGUCGGCCAAGGACGCGUACCGCUCGUACCUGCUCGCAUACAACAGCCACUCCAUGAAGGACACGUUCAACGUGCACCGCCUCAACCUGCAGGCGGUGGCGACCUCCUUUGGCUUUAGCGUUCCACCGAAGGUGAACUUGAACCUUGACAGCAAUGCUGCCAAGUUUAGAAAGCAGCGGAAGAGCACGGGGCUUCUGCCGGGCAUGGACAAGCCAAAGGGGAGGUCGAAAAGUGGGCACACUUUCAGUGCCACGAAUCCGUAUGGCAAGCGGGCAGAGACGGACAAGAGGCAGUUCACAAGGAUUUGAUUGAUUGUAGGACAGGUUUAGCAAACCUAAUGAUCGUCCGACCAUGUCAAGAAGAGGUUCAUGAUACAAAUCCAGCAUGGUAUGGAAGUUUUGGUUCAGCUCAUGCCCGAUAUGGCACUCACCCAUCGAAUGCAUAGAACUCGUAGGAGUCCUUUCAGGACUCAGGUACCUGGAAUCGACGUGCAGAGUGCCUCCUUUGGACUUUGAUGGGAUUGCUGC